ACUCGCGAAUUGCCGGCUUCUGCUGCUUGAUCACCCACCAUGGCUGUCGCAGGGCUGUUACCCGAUUCUACCGUUGACUCAGUCAAGUCAGCUGUUAGAUCUUCCACGACAUGCUCGACAUCGACGGUUUCGUCGCUCCAAACACUUCUCCGGGGGACAACAAAAGCGACUUUAGCGAUUGAAGCCAAAGCGAUCAAGAAAGAUACCAAGACCAGGACCAGAGAAACGACCAGUCGUCCGGUUUCGAGAACGGCUAGAGCCAAGAGCAUAGGGAAUGAUGUCGCGUCGCAAGGUGGGCGACUAUCGACCCAGGAACGCCUCGUUCUGGCAACGGAGGUGUUUAAUUCGACCCUCAAGACACUUUCGGAUUCACUGAAGACUCCUCUACGGUCAACUUCUCCGAACCGAGCUCAAGCACCUCCUCGAAAGAAACAAGACUCAAAUUCGAAACAGACAGUGAAAGAGCCUCGUGGAGAGAAUGGGGUAUCCGCAGUGGCUGAAUGUGCGCGUUUAGCACUCUCUUGUCUCCGGGCUCUGAAAACAGAACAGUCGUCACAGGGAGAUCUGUUCCCGAAUAUUCAGUUAGAACAGGGUGCUUGUGUUUUGGCGGGGAAGCUCAUUUCAUUGGGUUUGAACGAGCUGGCAUUCAAAGAACUCUGUAGCCUGAAGAAGCGGAUCCAAAGGUACCUCGAAGACAGCAAUCACGACCAGAAACCCAACGAAGAGCGUUCGAAAUCAAGAGGUGCACCGGAAGAUGAAUCAACCAGGGAGAGCCUUAUAAGCAUGCUGUCAUUCUCGAGUAUUGGAAAAGAAAAGGGCCUCCAUGCAUUGUUGGUAUCAUUCCAAGCAAAUGCACUUCGCCUCGCUGCGGCUGAGAAGAAAGCGUCUGUGGUACAGAGGCUUUAUCCUGCUAUUCAGACCUUGAAUCCGUCAAGUCCAACAAAGGUCAUUCUUGCAGUAGUGGAAUCUGGAGGUCUCACCAAAGAUAAAGCAGCUCUUCAGUUACAGAUUCUAUCAAGCACAAUCCUUUCCAUGACCCAAAGGUCCUCAGAAAAUGGGACCUCUGCAGGAGAUUUGAAGCCAAUAACUUCGCUAUGCAUGCAGAUACUUGCUCUUGAGACACGCUGCCUAGGAUGGAAGCUCUCUGGUCAUGUGUGUGAUGAAGGCAAGGAGAUGUGGGAUCCUUUGGCACGCUAUCUUGCAAGCUUCGUCCACCAAGAUUCUGGAAUUCAAAAAUCCGAGUUCGCAAUGCUUUACAAAAAUAUUCUCCGGGUGCAGUCUAUUGUGUCUUCAGUAAAGAAGACAUCGACUAGGGAUACGAUUUCGGUGGCUAAAAUUGCUACUCUUUUGGGACAGCUUGCACAGGAAGCAGGUUGCUUUGAGGAAGCAUUGAAGCUAUUCAAUGAAUCCACCGAUCCACUUAGCGCGGCGCAGUCUAUCACUCUCGGCACAGUUUAUUGCAAGAUUGCAUUAAUUCAUUUCCAAGUUUCACGAUCCACUGGUCAAUCGACACCAAACGCUGCAUCCGACUCUCUGAAAAAUGCUACAGCAGCCUUGGGGCUGCACUUGAAAGGCAGUGCUAGCGACCUUGAUGAGCUCCUUGUGGAGGCGGCCAAACUGAAAAAGUUGGCCAUAUCCUAUCUUGGGGAUACGGUAUUGAAAGAACGUGAGAAACGCUCGGAGGGAGUAGACCUCCCUGGCCAAGUUCGGGAAUAUCUUCAGGGUUUUGUACGGUUCAUUCGUCGAUAUAUUGGAUCUCGCCCUCAAGAUGAUGCUCAGCCAAAAGAGCACGAACUCUUUCAAGCAAGAGUUCAAUCCUCUUGGAACAUCGCUCUCGCCGCCGUUGAUUCAGCUGUGGCUGUGGGGAAGUUAUCAGUUGUAUCCUCUCGACCACCUUGGAACGACAUGUUGGCCAUCCUGAGCGAUUGCCAGCGCUUACUAGUCACUCUUUUGGAAGCGAAGCCAGAUUGCCAGGAGACUGAUAAUGUUGGAAUGGGCUUGGUCAAACUCUCCAAUCUGUUUUGGUCCCGUUAUCUGAAAGAGAGGGAAGCAGGCAAAGACCACAGAGAUCUGCUACCACUUCUGAAACACUCAACUGGGCUGCUAUCGCCUUGUUUGACUUCUCACAGGGAAACUGGUUUUGCAGCGCUAAAAUUCGAAAGGCUUGCACACUUAUGUCUGGACGCCAAUAUGAUAAAGGAGUCCGAGAAAGCGUUUCGUCACUCAAUCCAAGAGCAUAUCAGCGCCGGUGCCAUACAACCUGCUUCCCAGAAUCCCUCUCAAAGCCACCCUCAUAGUUUCUGCCGUGAUUCAGGGAACGCAGGACUUUCUCUCAUCCGCGUACUCACCUCGUACAUAAAGAUGAAAAUCCGGCGGAAAGAGCUCAAGACACCGGAGCUUUUCGAUGACGAUUCAUUAGAAAUCAGCGAAAGAGGUUUUUUGUUGGAGUUACAAAUGAAUUUACUCGCUGAUCUGUACCAGCAUGCUCACAGUCAAGAAGCUUUUAGAUGCAUGUUUACUGCUGUCGUCACCAGACUUCUUGACUUUUAUCAACCCGAUGUCUAUCCUAUUCGCCGAACUCGUGUUAUCCUUCAUGCUCUACGGCUCGGUCUCAAUCAGCAAAACUGCGUUGAACUAUCAUUGUUAAGUAGCCUUGAAGAACAAGGCGCUGCUGUCAUCGAGAUUGGCACACAGAUUUACGAUGAUGUCGACUUAGCGGACUUUGCAACACAUCUCGAGAAUUCCUUACGACUUACUCUUGGGCUCCACCAUGGACGACUGUCAUCAGAUGAACUCAGCAAUAUAGUGUCGUCUUGGGCUUCAAUGACUCAAAGCUGCGGUGAUUGGCAGUCCAUUGAAUCAUGUGUCCAUGAUACAGAUUACUGGAUCAUUCAGCUAAAGUCAUUGGUUGACUACACGGAGAUCUUUGGCCUGUGGAAGACUCAACUAGCAGCUCUUGAGCUGGUCUUGCGCGUUAUGGAAUUGCAGGAGAAUACCGAUUAUUCGGAGAUAACCAUUCUGCUGUCCCGUCUUGCAUUGCAUUACUGCCGUCUUGGGUAUUGCAAGAAAGCGGCAGUCAUGCUUUCCCGCGCCGAAAUGUACAUGGAAAAACGUUCUGUUUCAUGCCUAGCAACUCUCUCGUGCAAACUGGCCAGGGUUGAUUACCUUCUUGAAACCGGGAAGGUCGAUACGGCAGCGCAAGUUCUUUCAUCUGCGAAAGGCCUUUACGACUCUCACCAUACCGCCGAGGACCCAACGUCGCUCAGUUUUCAAGCCAAGAUUGCGUGGGAGAGGUUGGUUGCUGACGCUGUUUUCAUGCAAUCCCGCUUGUCCUUUGCGCAGGGUUCAGCAGAGCGCGCUCUCUUCUUCUCAAAACUCUCGGUAAAACUCAACUGCAGAAUUUGGGCUAAGAUUGAAAGGCUGUCUCAACGGCAGCUGGAGAAAAGUACGAAAAUCGAGAGCGAUUCUAGCGUGAAUACUGUAGCAGAGGGAAUUGCAAACCUUAACUUAUCCCAAAGCUCAUCUCCCUCUGACGGAUCAAUCACCUACACUCAAGGUGCUCCCUUUUGGCCUCACAUCGGCUCGCAUCAUACCAGCUUGUUGAACCUCGCCACGCUUUCGGCUCAUUAUGGCCUAUUCCAAGACGCCGUCUACUACGGAGAACAGGCAUUGAAGAUAAGCAAGACUCUCAAUGCAAACGUGCGCUUGAUUGGCUGUCAGGCCCAGCUCGGCUACUAUUGGAUAUGUGGCGGUCAUCUGUCAAAAGGCCAAGAGCUCCUAGAAAUGGCACAAGGAAUGUCACAGCAACUUGAGGGCUGUAUGGAACUGGUUUCUCUUCAGAUGAGCCUUGCUGCCCUCUACAAAGCGCAGGGCCAUCAUGAAGAAGAGCUCCUCGCCCUCACUGAGGCUAACACGCUGCUUUCUAACAUCAUCCAGACCGAUCAUCCUGACGCUAGCCCCGCGUCUUCGGCUGUAUCGGGUCUAGAAGAGAAGAUGGGGAAAUUACGCGUUCGUGAGCCUAGUCGAAAGACCCGACAGCAAACGACGGCAGUGACUACGACGACUCGCAGAACUCGCACAACGACAACCAAGACGGCUACCAACAAGGGACAACAGAACGCAGAGGCAACAACUUCUCUGGCAACAGAAUCAAAUUCGCUUCUUAGGCUGAAAGGAGAUAUUCUUCGCUAUCAGGCUGCGUGCGCUCGUGAACUGAGUAACUUUGACAAGGCCGAGGCCCUUUUGAGUGAUUCCCGCCAGUUUGCAACAUCUACAGGCAGCCGAAUCUCUCACCAGAUAGGAAUGAGUGAGCAUCUGCUUGCUGAUGCGAUCCGCCACCUUGCAAUGCACGCAGUAUAUUGCGUUCUUCCAGAGUCCACUAUUUCCCUGCCAUCUCUGCAACCAGUCGACGCGGUUGCGCAGAAGGAGCCGGUUACCACCGCCAAAUCCUCAGCAACAUCUACUCGCAGGGCUAAGGCUGCCCCUGCGAGAGGAACCAGAUCACGGGCUCAGAAAGCAACUGAAGACUUUUCUCUUAUGCUCUCGAAGGCUGGGGAGUGCUUGAACGAGAUAUUACCGCAGGCGACUACUCUUGGUUCGACGCUCGACAGCCAUGCGGCAUCAUGCUUGUUGAGUCGCAUCUCCAUGCUAUCACAUGCCACAGUUCCUGGGUGUUCGACAACAUGGGCCCAGGCCCCUGCCACUGUGAACGAAUAUGGACGUAUUGGGGCCUUUGCCCGAGAGCGCAUGGCAAUUGAAAUUGAUAAACAGCUCGCCGACUUCUCCGAUCCUUUGCUUUGGGUCAAUUCGCAAGCCACAGGCACUCAAGCAGACACGAAUAUAAGCGCGGACUUUAACCAAAAGUAUAUCGAAAUCCUGCCGGAAAACUGGAAUGUUCUUUCAUUGUCAUUGAGCGCAGAUCGUUCCGAGUUUGUGGUUUCGAAGUUGUGCAAAGGACGGUCACCCUUUCUUUUGAGGCUACCUUUGAAGAGAGGCAAUUCCGAAGACGGAGAUGAAGAAGAGGAGGAACAGUUUCUCUUCUCGGAUGGAAGAGAAGAGAUGCAGGAGAUCAUCAAACUAGCAAACAAAUCCGCCCAUGAUGCCAAGGCCCAAACCGACAAGCAAUCCAAGAAGGAAUGGUGGAAGAUCCGCGAGUCCGUUGACCGACGUCUAGAGAAUCUUUUGGAGAACAUUGAGAACGUUUGGUUCGGCGGAUUCAGGGGUGUUUUCUCGCCGGCACCCCUCCAGACCGUUCACUUAUCACGAUUUGCAGCCUCAUUCCAUAACAUUCUCGACAAGCAUCUCCCAUCUCGGCGCAAGGGUGGAAGAAAUGUGAAUGCCAAAUUGACUCUGCAUCAGAACGUCCUUGAGCUCUUCACUGGACUUAAAGAUCUAGUGGAGCACAAAGAUCCUGAGGAGUGUCUGAUGGAUCUCCUCUACUUUGUUGUGGACAUUCUACAGUUCCAGGGGGAACGCAACGCAUACGAUGAAAUUGAUUUUGACAUGAUGGUUGUCGAGACUCUGGACGCACUGCGAAGCUACCACGAAAACAUCCAACACGAACCAGUGCGGCAGCCUCAGCACACCGUGCUAGUUCUUGACAAGGCCCUGCAUCUGUUCCCGUGGGAAUCUCUACCAUGUCUUCAAGGGUUACCUGUUACUCGGGUUCCGUCCCUAGAAUCGCUCCGUGACAGAGUCUUGCAGUUACGGCACGACUUUGGGGAUGCAGCUAGACAGAGAGCUUCCAUCGACCGGAACAAUGGCACCUACAUUCUCAAUCCUUCCGGUGAUCUGAAAUCAACACAGGAGACUUUCGAGAAAGAUCUCUCUGGGCUGGAGCAGUGGACCGGUAUCGCCAAGCGGGAGCCUUCGGAGGAGGAAUUCAAGGAGGCCCUGGAAACGAAGAGCAUAUUCCUGUACUUUGGACACGGCAGUGGUGCGCAGUAUAUCCGCGGCCGAACGAUCAAACGGCUGGAUCAAUGCGCGGUAACUUUCCUCAUGGGCUGCAGCAGCGGUGCUUUGACCGAGUCUGGAGAUUACGAGCCGUAUGGAACGCCCAUGAACUACCUUCAUGCCGGGAGCCCUGCGUUGGUCGCCACGCUCUGGGACGUCACGGACAAAGACAUUGACCGUUUUUCCGCCUCAACACUGGAAAAAUGGGGACUCCUUGGAACGGAUUCAACCAAGAAAGGCAAAUCCAAGGCCACUGGAAAGGCGCACGACGACUUUCCAGAGGAUACUCGUGUUGGCCUCGAUGAAGCUGUAGCCCAGUCCCGGUCCUCUUGCGUGCUGAAGUACUUGAACGGAGCUGCGCCAGUUAUCUAUGGCAUUCCGGUGUUUUUGGAUUAAUCGGGUGUAUAUAAUAUGAGACGAAUUAUGAAUAUUCCUUCC